CAUGUAUGUGCAGGCAUGUUGGGUAUUUAUCGCGUUUUUCUCUAGGUUUUAUUAGAUCGGUAGUGAACGUUAGCGGGUUGUGGCUUUGGUUUACUGGCAGUGAGUCACAUGCUUAAACGGAAUAUAUGCGUCACAACGCGCACUUUCCGAAUUUGUCCCGCCAGAUUGGAAUGUUGUUUGGUUGUAACCAUAGCUAUAACAAUCUACGCUUUGCAUUUCUGAAGUUACAGUUUCUGUUCAAAUGGCCUAACUUCAAUCUGACAAAUACGCUUCCUCUUCUCUUCCAUUUACACAGUAUAUGGAUCAGUAUCGUUACAGAAAAUUAAUGAAACAUGAUGAGAAAAGAGAUUGCAGCAGCAGUGUUUUUCCUGAAAAGACUGAUCAAGAAGGUCAAAAGGUUGGAGACUCAGAAAGUUGACUUGUUUGUGGAGCGGUUGACUGUUGCCCUGCGGGAGAAGUUCAAGGGGCAUUGGUACCCUGACAACCCCAGCAAAGGACAGGCCUUCAGGUGUAUUCGGUUGAACAGGUUGCAGAGAGAGGAUCCGGAGCUGCUGCGGGCCUGCCAUGAAAGUGGGAUUCAGUACAAGGACCUUGGCCUGCCAGUAGAACUUACGCUGUGGGUGGACCCAGGGGAGGUUUGCUGCAGGCAUGGUGAGAAGAACCUUGCUUUUACGGUGGCCCGUUUUUCUGGCAAUGAGGUUGAUCAAGAGGAUGUGAAUAAAAAAGUGACCUGCACUGUGGAGAAGGUAACGUCAGACUACUUCUCCGGUUCCUCUUCAGACGAGGAUUGUGGCCUUAGGGAAUCCGGUCUUCCCCCUAUCUUCCACCAAAAUCGCCCCACACAUCAGAUGAUCUACCCUGCUGCUCUUCUUUGGCGUCCUCCAGUGCCCAAACAAAGGAAGAUGGGUCCAGGUAAAGGAUAUAACAGCCCUCCACGUCCUCCUAACUCUGGCUUUAUACUCCAAGGCAGACCCCAACAGACCUUCAGACACAACAGUUGGGCCCCCCCUGGCCACAGAGGAGGGCUGGGAUACUGGGGUGGCACUCCAGGUCUGGCUUACAGUUAAGAAUAACUGUAGUUUUUGAUAAUGCAAUUGGUUAGUUUAGAUGCGGGUGUGUAUUCAUUCAAGUCCAUCUAUUACAAACUCUUUGACUAAACUUUCAACUUGUUUGAAGGAAUGUAUACACCCCUAGUGUCCCAGUGGGCUGACAUUACUUAUUUAAAACACAUUAGGAGACUGUAAAACUAACCUGUUCUUGGCAAUACUUUGCCCUCGAUUCAGCAAAAUACAUAUCUUCUAAAUGUGUCCAGUAGCAGGGCUUAAGCUGCCAUCUUGUCUAUUUCAAACUCAUUGAUGGAGACAGAUCAUGUCAUGACAUAUAGCAGUUUGGGUUUGACACCCACCUGUCUUGAUCAGCUUUGAAGAUUUGAAAUUGACAUAAUAGCAGCUAACAAUUUGGUGGAUUACUUCAUGGAUGCAUUUUAAAAGGUAUUAAAAAAAUUAUAUUCAGACAAACUGGACAUUAACACUUAGAUUUGAGAAGCAGUUGGUUACUCUAAAAACAGGUUUAGGGACAAUCUCCUGCUACUCUUUGCGUAACUGCUGUCAGCCUGAUGGGACACAGCUAGGACAACUAGUUGGAAUUUGACUGUUCCAGGUUCCCUGGCCUGUUGAAGGUUAACCAUGAGAACGACCAAUAUAGUUAAUGUGGGGAGGAAUGAGGGAGCAAACAAAAUCCACUAAGAUGUCUGAGUUUUAAGUAUUUUUCUAGUGAAAUGGUUAUCCUGGAAUUCGUAUUUUCUAUUAGCUAACUCUUUGCACUUUAGAUUAUUUGUAACCGUGUCACAGGUGUAAUGGAUAAUAAAUAUUGGAAUUUUACAUGUAUUUUAUACAUAUGAAAUGUGUACUGUAUUUAUAUUUGAUUGGAGAAUUGUAUGUUACCUUGUAUUGUACUGUCCAUUGGCUAUGUUAGAAUGAGAAAUAGUGUUAUUUAUUCAUAGUGCACUAGGAUUACACUAGCAUUAUUGCUACAUUCAGGUGCUAUUGGACUUAAUGGAAGCUUACUUGUGUUUCCAUGUUGUGAUGUCUCACCACUGAUAUUUUUUAAGAUGACUACAAUACAUUUUUCUUGGACAGUUAAAACUGUAUCGAUAGCUCAUCUGUUCAUUGUCAAUGUUAAGCAAGCUAGCACAUUUUAGAUGAGUAAUGUUAGCAAAGCUAUCAAGCUAGCUAACUUUGUAUUGGUUGAAGAAUUAUUCUUGCUAUAAAAUCACAUGAACACAAUUAAUGUUGGACUGAAGAUCUCCUAGUUCCAAUUUCUGACAAGCAUGUGCUAACCACUUAAAUUAUGAGACAUUAAACAAUUUUCUA